UUACGUGACGCGAACUACGUCACUUCCCCUCUGCAAUGGACAUCCGCACGUGUUGAUAAAGCGACUGUUUACAGUACUUAUUAAUUCUAGACCUCGGGUAGCUCCAUAGCACAUGCCAACCAAACACACUGAUAGUAUCGCUACAUCUUCUAUCAAACCACAGCGAUGCCCAAAGUGAAAAAAUCCAAAGGCGGAGGAGGAAGAGGAGAGACGAGCGGAGGAGCGACGGCGAUGGCGCUGGCUGACCAGAUCCUGCAGGCGGACACGAUGCGAGCCCGAGGCCGGGUGAAGAGCAGGGAUAGCCGGGCGGAAAACGAGGACAACUACGUAGACGAGCGUCUGUCUCGGAAGAUCUUACAGCAGGCACGAAUUCAGCAAGAUGAGCUUCAGAGCGAAUAUGGCCCGGCACCAGAGAAGAAGAAGACGCCGGUCACUGUUCUCGGGCCUGACACUCAGGAUGCAGACUCCGAUGAGGAGUGGCCCGCACUGGGAACGGCGGGUGCUGACGACGGCGAUGUGGUGUGUGACACCGAUAUCGUCGUUGACCCCGACGACGAGAAGGCCAUGGAGAUGUUCAUGAAUAAAAACCCUCCAUUGAGACGGACCUUAGCUGAUAUCAUCAUGGAGAAGAUUACAGAGAAGCAGACUGAGGUAGGGACAGUGAUGUCGGAGGCGUCGGGGCGUCCAAUGCCCCAACUUGACCCGAGGGUAAUAGAAGUGUACAAAGGUGUCAAUAAGGUUCUGUCUCGAUAUCGCAGCGGUAAAUUGCCAAAGGCUUUUAAAAUAGUCCCAGCACUUUCAAACUGGGAGCAGAUUCUUUAUUUGACCGAGCCCGAGACCUGGACAGCAGCUGCCAUGUACCAAGCAACAAGGAUCUUCUCGUCCAAUCUGAAAGAGCGAAUGGCUCAGAGGUUUUACAACUUGGUGCUGCUGCCCCGAGUACGGGACGAUAUCGCAGAGUACAAGAAACUCAACUUCCAUCUCUACAGUGCUCUGAAGAAGGCCUUGUUCAAACCAGGAGCAUGGUUCAAAGGUAUACUGAUUCCUCUGUGCGAGUCUGGGACAUGUACUCUGAGGGAAGCCAUCAUCGUCGGAAGCAUACUCACAAAGUGCUCCAUCCCUGUGCUCCACUCCAGCGCUGCGAUGCUUAAGUUAGCAGAGAUGGAGUACAAUGGCGCCAACAGCAUUUUCCUGCGCCUCUUGCUUGACAAGAAAUACGCCCUGCCUUUCCGUGUCCUAGAUGCCUUGGUGGCCCACUUCCUGUCCUUCCGCAGUGAAAAACGUGUGCUUCCUGUGCUGUGGCAUCAGAGUUUACUCACCAUGGCUCAGCGCUACAAGGCUGACCUGGCUUCCGAGCAGAAGACGGCACUGUUGGAGCUGCUCAAGAUACAAACACACCCUCCGAUCUCUGCAGAGAUUCGCAGAGAAUUGCAAAAUUCAGGGUCGAGGGAUCUUGAAAUUGGGCUCCCUGUUACUGUUGAGAUGGAAUGAGGAUUUCCUCUGGUCUGGCGCUUCCUCCUCCUCUGAUGCAAAUGAUUCACACUUUCUUCAGCAUGAUGAAAACUGGGUUAAAUCUAACUUUGUUAUUCUUCCUGACCCUCGAAAGGACAGUUUCAAAGAUGGCAGUGUCUCAGGAGCCGUAAUUCUGUCCCCUGCUUGGAUGAGUUUGCACAUUUAAAAAUGCACAUCAGUUGUGGUGUAGUUGAUGAAAUUUCCCAUUAGGAAUGUCUGAGUGUUUUUUUUCCUGCAGUUGGGAAGACAAAGACUGGUAUUUGUGUUUGUUUGACUAUAGCAACUUUGUUGUUUAGAAGCAACAGUUUUGAUUAAAAACAACCGGAGUCCAUUCAAA